GGCGGGGGCGCCGCUGCGGGACCCGCGUCUCUGGGCGGUGGCGGAGGGAUGGCGAAUGUGCUUGUGGCCGUGAGGGUCCGACCCCUCAGCAAGAGGGAGACCAAAGAAGGGGGAAGAAUUAUUGUGGAAGUUGAUGGCAAAGUGGCAAAAAUCAGGAAUUUAAAGGUGGAGAGCCGACCAGACACCUUUGGAGACUCCAGGGAGAAGAUUGUGGCAUUUGGUUUUGAUUACUGCUACUGGUCAGUCAACCCAGAGGACCCUCAGUAUGCAUCUCAGGAUCUGGUGUUCCAGGACUUGGGGACUGAAGUACUAUCUGGAGCUGCCAAAGGCUACAAUAUCUGCCUUUUUGCCUAUGGGCAGACAGGCUCGGGGAAGACUUAUACCAUGCUGGGCACUCCAGCCUCUGUUGGACUGACACCACGGAUAUGUGAGGGUCUCUUCCUCAGAAAGGAGGACUGUGCAUCACCGCCUCCUUCCUGUAGGAUAACAGUAAGCUUUCUGGAAAUCUAUAAUGAACGUGUGAGAGAUCUUUUGAAGCAAUCUGAUCCAAAAAAAUCCUAUAUCUUGAGGGUCAGAGAGCAUCCAGAGAUGGGGCCCUAUGUACAAGGUCUGUCUCAACAUACGGUGACCAACUAUGAGGAAGUUAUUCAGCUGUUGGAGGAAGGGAUAGCAAACAGAAUCACAGCAGCCACCCAUAUUCAUGAAGCCAGCAGUAGAUCUCAUGCUAUCUUCACUAUCCACUAUACACAGGCGCUCCUAGAGAACAGCCUCCCUUUGGAGAUUGCCAGCAAGAUCAACCUUGUAGACCUAGCAGGCAGUGAAAGAGCAGAUCCCAGUUCUUGUAAGGAUCGGAUUACUGAAGGAGCCAAUAUCAACAAGUCCCUUGUGACUCUGGGAAUUGUCAUCUCCACCUUAGCCCAGAACUCCCACGUGUUCAGCAGCUGCCAGAAGUUCAGUAGUGUAGCUAGCAGUGGUGGUGACAGUGGGGUGCCUAGCUCCUCUUCUGGGACCAGUGGUGGAGGAGGACCUUCCCGGAGACGGUCUUACGUCCCGUAUCGGGACUCUGUGUUGACCUGGCUGCUGAAGGACAGCCUUGGAGGCAACUCCAGAACCAUCAUGGUUGCCACUGUAUCUCCUGCGCACACUAGCUACAGUGAGACUAUGAGCACACUGAGGUAUGCAUCUAGUGCCAAAAAUAUCAUCAACGCUCCACGGGUCAAUGAGGACCCGAAUGUGAAGCUCAUCAGAGAGCUCAAGUUGGAGAUCCAGAGACUGAAAGCCAUGCUGCGGAGCUUUGAACUGAGGAACUUCAUGUUAUUAAAUGAUAAAAUGGAUGCAAAUCUAAAGGAAAUAGUUCUCCAAAAUGAAUUGAAGAUCGACGAGCUGACUCAAGACUGGACUCAGAAGUGGAAUGACUGGCAGGCCCUCCUGGAUCAUUAUGGUGUUGACAUCAACAAGAGGAGGGCUGGUGUGGUCAUCUACUCCAGCCUGCCACACUUGAUGGCCUUGGAGGAUGACGAGCUCAGCACAGGUGUUGUGCUCUAUCACCUCAAGGAGGGAACAACAAAAAUAGGAAGGAUUGACUCAGAUCAGGAACAGGACAUUGUCCUUCAGGGUCAGUGGAUUGAGAGAGAUCACUGCACAAUCACCAGUACUUGUGGUGUAGUUGUUCUCCAGCCUACCCAUGGGGCGCGCUGCACAGUCAAUGGCCGUGAAGUCACUGCCUCCUGCCGCCUGACGCAAGGAGCUGUCAUAACGCUGGGGAAAGCACAGAAGUUCCGCUUCAACCACCCAGCAGAGGCCGCGAUCCUGCGGCAGUGGCGGCGGCGGCGGCAGGUUGGGGAGGCUGUGGCUAACAGUGGCGCGUUGGAAUGGCUAGACAUGGAUGGAGAUGUCACCCCCUCGCGGCUGGGUCUGAGCCCUAUGCUUUGGAAGGAAAGGAGAGUGCUGGAAGAACAGUGUGAUAAGGACCAGCAGUUAUCAAGGGAUGAGGCGACAUCCCACAGAGCCCAGGAUCAACAACAACAGUGCUAUGUGGAGGAUUUGAAGCAAAUCCUAGAAGGACAGAUUAGAGCUCAGAAGGAACUAGAACUCAACGAGGUGGACAUCAGCCAGCAGAUUAAAGACAAUCAGAAGUGGCUACUUCGAGAGGAGACCUGGCUGGGCAACUUGCCACAACAGCAGCAACCAAGAGAUCACAGAGAAGAGAAAGAACUUGAGGCCUCUGUGGCACCUGAUGCUGGGCUUCAGACAGACCCUGAGACUCCAGCAACCCCACUGGUCCGAAGCCAGAAGAGGGCGGGACAGCCGCAGUUCUUGGGGAGGCACGCUCUUCGGCGAAAAAAGGUCUCAUUCCAGCUGGAGAGACUCAUCAAAAAGUGGAGGCUGUUGGAGACCCAGGGAAGACUGGAGCGACUCCGGACACUGUGCUGGCCCCAGGAUGACAGUGUCUCCAAGUCCCCAUGUCAAACCCCCAGUGCUCAUGAUAGUGUUCCAGGGCCUCAGCAUAGAAGCAGAUGGACAAGUUGCAGCUUUUUGAGCCUGCAGAGGCUCUGCUACCAAUACUUGCCCCAACUACACAGUGCUUUCCUGAACGGGGAUCCCCCCACCGUGUUCCCACCUCUGUCUGACCCUACACAUCUAAAGCCAGAGAAAGCCCCAGCAGCGGAUGCUGUUCCCCACUUUGCUGCUUCCCCUGCAAGGACGGAGUUCCUGGACAAGAAGGGCCUUUGUUCAUCGGGCUUCGGGCAGCUCUACCCAGCCAGGGGAGCCUCGGGCAGGAAGGGAGCAUCCAUUCCAGGCACCUGUCUCACUGUCAGCCACACGUCUGUCAGUAGUCAGGAAACUGAGUCAGUAGAUAAGCAGCCUUGUCAAAUGUCAUCUCAGGACUUGGAAACCCUGUGCCAGUCAGUUAAGAAGCUAAAUCCAAAGGAUGGGUCAAGGGCCCUCACCCCUACCAACCAGACCAGAAGGGCAAAGGGACUAAUAGCCUCUGGCAAUACACAAGCUGCGUGGAAAAAAGAAAGGAGCCUUCGGACCCAUAGGUCUGCUAAAGGAGUCAGUUGCCAGUCCUCUCAUCCCCGUGGACCCAGGCAAGCAGCUGGGCAUGGAAAAGCAGCCAGGUCUUUUCCGGCAGAAACUAAACCACCUCUUCCUCCAAGCAGGGCAUCAAGAAGGCAUCAGAGGCUGCUGGCAGCUAGCAUCGGAGACACUGCCAGAAAGUCGUCUCAGUUUCCUCAUGGCAGUCCUUGGAAAAGACAGCCUAGUGCAGGGGAUGCAGACGCCGCCGCCUUGCGCGCAGAUUUCAACCCCGUAGUAGACUGUGCGAGAGAACAAGGCAGUGAUGUCUCUGACACUGGCAGCAGUUACUCGGUGGACUCUCUCUUGCACGUCUACACUGGAGUUCCGGUGGAGCUGCUGAAGCUAGAAGACCUUCGGGGAAAGCAGGAUCUCUCAGAGCCAGAGAACUCAGACAGUGACAACAGCCAAAUAUCUGAGGAUUCACUGGCCGACAAAGGAAGCCCAAGGGAUGACCUUCUUGUUGACGACCACGGCCACUUGCGGAGCAGAGCUGUAACCUCUGUGAGGGGCUUCCUCUCGCUGUCCGACAGUGGCCUGCGUGCUCGGGAUCGUAGGAGCUUUUCCUUAGAUAGCCUGGUUGACGCCAAGGAAGAACCGGGAGGUCUGCGAGAGAAGCCUUUCCUCCACUCAGCUGACGAGAUGCCUGCAGAGACUUUCUGGCAUCUGCACAGUGCCAAUCUGCCUGCAGCGGGUCUGGAAGCAGCACACGAGCCUGGUUCCUUGAGCCACAGAAAAGGAGCCAGCCUGAAUGCCAUCCUGCCAACGAGCAGUUCAUUUUACCUCACUCCCCAGUUCCAGCCCCACUGUGAGCAGCCUGAGUCAGAGGUGGAGGCAAGCUGCUCGGAACGAGCCAGCACUCCGCAGUGUGUGCAGCCUGCGAGAGAGAGCCCGCUAGCGUCCGUGGAUUCCUGGUUUUCUUGUGACUCUAAGGUCGAUCCUGGGAGCCCCUCAGGAAUUGUGGGCUCUUUUUGUCCAAGUCCUGAGACCCAGGAAAUUGAGCCUUGUGAUGAGGAGAGCUCUGGAUACUGGAAUAAUAACGAAGAAACAAAGCCAUCAGGCAUGGAAACAGGCCUGUCAUACAGUCCCAAGCUUCCCCCGCGCCGUGCCAAGCUACCCUACAGAGUAGGAGCUGGGUACACUCCCUGUGCUUCAGCUGAGGACAUGUUUCAGGGCAGAAGAAUCCCUGACAGGACCCAGCAGGGCGCCCCGGAGGACUCCCACAAUUCUAGCACAUCAAGCAUGUUGGCUGCCUCAAUCACCUCGCUCACUCAGAUCACUCACAUUGGCAGUAUCCAUGACAGGGACUGGGAUGCCCUUCAGCAAAAGUACCUCCUUGAACUCUCCCAUUCUGCCUUGGAGGCUGCAGGAGAACCCCCCAUCCUUCCGGCCGACUCUAGUUCCCUGGCUGAAGCUUCUAGCAGCAUAGAUACUCAGUUGCCAGGAGCCCCUGGGGUGACUGGCGAUCUGGAUUUCAACUGCUUUCCAGUCCACCUAUCCCCAAUGAAGCGUUUGAGAGCAGAGAGAGAGCAGGAGGAUUUGAACGCCAGGUUGGAAAGCGAGGCCGAUUUCUCGAGCACAAGUGAGAAGAAAGUGAGUUGCAGCGGAGCUUCCUCAGCCACCCUGGAGUCCUUGGCCUGUGGGUCCACAAACGCACACGUCUAUGCGGCAGGGAAGAAGGUGCCAGGUCCCGUGGCGGAAGCACGUGAAGUCAAGCAGAACAGCAUGGAAGAGAGCUUCCAGGGUAGCAGCAAACAUAGGCUAAUGACCUCCCCCGAUGAGUAUUUCUUCCAGAAGGCUUGUCACAAUAAUGUCACCAUAGCCACUAAAGAUGACCCUUGGCCCCAAGACCAGGCUCCUGUCAGGAAAAGUACUGAAGUUCAGCCAGCACAGUUAAGUCCUGACAGCCACCAUCCCCAACAGGAAGAGACAGAUGGGCAGGACAGCUCCAAGAAAGAGGCGGAGAGACCCGCGGGGGUUGCAGAGCUGCACCUGCAUGCUGCUGCCUGGAAUCCUUCACCGUCUUCCCUGCAGCCUCCUCCCUUGGAAACAUUCUACGUAACCAAAAGCAGGGAUGCCCUAACAGAAACCGCCUUAGAGAUUCCAGCCUGCAGAGAAGUGCGGGUCCCAUCCCCACCCCUCAAGGAAGCGUGGGGCUUUGGUCACAACCACCAAGUCCUCGAAAAAGCUCAUUUGAAGAAUCACUGGCCAGUGAUCUCACACAGCCAGAAUUCCAAGAUAACCUCACCGCAGCUGGUGGUACCAAAGAGGGCAGCUGAUCUGAACACCAGGGGUGUAACUAAAGAAUUAGAGAAAUGCCCUGGAAAUAAGAAAGCAGAAAAGCAUGACUCAGCUCACUGUUUUGUUGCUCAGAACAGACACCAACUCCCUUCUACUAGCAUAAAAGCAUGUGAGUUUGAAAAGCAAGUGAUAAUUUUAAAUAAAAAGCCCAGUCCUCCAGCAUGGAAGGAGGGAGAUGAGGCUGCCACACAUGACAGCAUUUCCUUAGACAGCUCUGGCUCUAGGAAGACUUUGCUCUUUAUCUGUGACUGUGCAGCAGGUGGGGAGGAAGAGCAGGGUCAGAGUGCAGAUGUACCGCAGAACCAGGCCUGUUGUAUACACAGACAGUUUUCUUCUGGAGCCAGGUCUGAUUUCAUCUGUACAACCACCCGUGUAGGCCUGCAGAACAACAUGCCAGGGACAAGUGCUGUUUCUUUGAAGUCCAGCUCUGUCUGCUGUAAAGUAAGCUGUCCCGUGAUCAUGACACUCAGCGAGAGGCCAGCCCAUGAGUGGGAAGGGAGUCAUGAAGCCGAGCUCCUGGGCAGAGCUCUUCUUCUCAAAGACAGCGCAGAAGACUAUAAGCGUCCAGAAACUGAAUCUAGCCGUGAAGGAUUCCAGGCAGUUACAUGCUCUCAGGAAAGAAAUCCCAACGAACACAAGGGCUGUGAAAGGUCACAAGAAAUGAUAAACUCCAAAGAAGAACCUUUGGGGAAGAAACUGAAUGAAAGAGUUAAUAAUGCCGAUGAAAUGGCGAGGCUGAUUAGGAGUGUCAUGCAGCUAGAGAAUGGCAUCUUAGAAAUUGAGUCCAAGCAAAAUCAGCAGCUCCAUGCUCCCCCCCAACCAGGGGUCAGUAAGGCGUUUGUGUCCCAGGACCUGAAGGACCAGGAGAGUUCUGCCCAUGUCCUAAUGCCAGGCAGCUCUGGAAACCAUUUAUUCUUCAAGGCUCAGCCAUCUUCUCCACGAGAGAUGGGUAAUGCUAUCUUUAGGGUUAGUGAAGCUUGGGGAAUGGUGGGUAACAGUGUCACUGGUGAUGACCCUCAGGCCCAUAAAUGUGCUCCCAGCCUCUUUGAAUCAAGCAAAUGUGCACAAGAGAGUCACUGUACAAGAGAGAACACCCAUACUGUUGGAACCGACAGACCUACCAGGGACACGUGUGUUCUUUCAGGGAAGAGCACAGCUCUUAGAGAGUCUAACACUUCCCUUCAUCCAAGGAGAAAGGAAACAUUAGCCAGAGCUCUGCCAUUGCAUCUCAGGCUAGAGAGGUCUUCUGAGGAUGAGGCGCUGUUACAAGCACCCACAGACUGCAAAGAUCAGCCUUGGGACUUGGGAAGUCUUGAGGAAUUGGAGAUCAUGAAAAGUUGUCAGAAAAGCCAAAUUGCUGAACAUGUAUGCAGUUCAGAGUCAGAGGACACACGCACACAAGGCAGAGUUGAAGAAAUGACCAUGCCAAAGGGAAGGAUCCCUGAGGAGGAAAAUGAUAUUCUCCCAUUGACAAAGAAACUUCCUAGUCCAAGCCAUCCCUCUAAGGGUGCAUUUUUCAGUCAGGAGACUGUCUCCCUGUUGAUGAACAAGAAAGACUUCCCUACAGCCACUCCAUACCAAGGGCUGAGUGCUGCCCUGCCCUUGCAUUUUCCAAGACCCCCAAGAAGCUGUGUGCACGCCUCCCAUACUGAAGACAUAUCUUCAGUUGCACACAUACUAGAUUGCACAGCAUUAAAAAUUCAUAACAAUCCUUUGGCAACUGGAGUAGGGCAUGAAGACCAAAGUGGAGAUUCAGGGAUCUGUAACUCACAGGGAAGUAUUGGAGGGGCUUCCUGCAUGGCACACACUGCCCGGUGUGGGUCUGUGACGCCCAUAGCCAUAGGACCUGAUGACUGGUCUAUCACACCAGAGGGCGUUCCACUGGAGACAGCGAACAGGAGCCUCCAAGACCAAAGAGGUGACCUCAGAAUCACCCCGAAGGGUUUGAGCACUCAGGAACCUUUUGUACAAGAAGAAGAAAUAAGAGCCAGUGCCUUGAACAGGGUCUCGAGGCCGAUUGAAAAGAGGGUCAGCUUCCUCUUAGAAGAGCGCAGUGACCAAGGUGGGGAGGCAAGGCAGGAGGCAGCGGAGGCUGAAGACCAGCCACCUGCGCGCAGUGCUGCUCUCCCAAGGGCGCCUGAUGCGGAGACCAGCCUGCCAGAUUCUUCUGUCCAUGCGUCCAUCUGCCUGGCUAUCUUGAAGGAGAUCAGACAGGCGAAAGCACAGAGAAAGCCGCUCAAUGACUCCGUUGCUGGUGGGACAGUUCUUCCUUACUAUGAAACUUCACUAGAACCUGAGGGUUUUUCAGAGGUUCACGGCGAGCCUUGGUGGCACAUGGACGCGUCAGUGUCAGACAGGACUCGGAAUGAGCGUGAAGCACGAUGGCUGCAUGCGAGCUCUGUGCUCGGGGCAUCGGAGUGCUUGUUGGCUGAUGAAAAGGACACCCAGGCCAUGCCUCUCUGUCAUUCACAGGCUUUCUCUCCCACUGCCACUGAUCUAGACAAAAGACAUUGUACUGGAGAACUGAGACAUUUUCUGGGAGCAAGUGAUCACUUCAUACGUCACUCUAGUUCUUCUGAAGUCACAGAGAAAAAGAAAGACAGACAGAGAACACUGUCCCCUGCUGGUCCUUUGGACCCAGACACGCUUCUUUCUUCAACAGCUGUGGAGCAGGAAAGGAGGGCAGGGCCAGAGAAAGCAGCAUCUGCCUUAUCUUCUCAGGCCUCUUGUAAUGAUCCUAGCAGGAUUCUGCAUGGACAAAGUCAGUUGGCUGCAUGGGAGACUGUUGAGGGGGUGUCCCUUGGCAGUGGGGAUAGCAGCCCAGAGCACCAGGAACCUAAAAGCCUGGGUAACACAUAUGGAAGAGGCUCAGAUAACAUCCUGGUGACUGAACAGGAAGGAAAAACAGUUCAGUUUGAAGGUCAGUCUGUGAUCUGUGAUGCUCCCAAUUCUGCAAGCUUUUCAGGACCUGAGCAAGACCAUGUCCAAUGCCCCGAGGUUUCCACUGACCUUGAAGACAGGAGGGCCGCUUGGCCUGGAGCUCUGAGAAAGGGUGAACCAGAAGCUCCUGCAUGGCAGCCUGGGAAAUGGAAAAAUAUUGGGCCUGGGCUGACAGAAGCUUGUAAGACCAGCAGCAGAAGUCCCAGGCCGACUCCACUGCCAGAUCAAAGACCUAGCCUCGACCUCAGUGGAGUUACAGAGGAGGCUCCAAGCCAAAGCCCUGAGGAGAUCUGCAGUUGUUUCGGCUUUUCAGGGAGCACCGAAGGCAACAGGCCUCUUGCCUCAUCUAGUGAGGAGGAAAAGGAUAAAACUAUUCCUUGCUCACAGCUCUGUAGCUCUAAGCCUACUGACACUGAUGCUUGUUCCUCCCAUGUUUCCACUUUUCUGUGUUACAAAGAUGGUGACCUGAAGAAGGGGACUUUUAAGACCACACCACUUCAUGUUCAGUCACCCUUCAGUGUUCUUUCCAGAGGCUACAAAAUGGAUGAAAUAAGAGAGAGCGCUUCCAAGGCACCUCAGGUGCUUUGGGCACAUGACCUUGAGCGCAAGGGUGUUAAUGUGGCUCUUGCGUCCGUAGAUGACAGCAGCAUUGAGCCAUCUGCCGCAGCUGCUGCUCUGUCUCAAGGCCGCAGCUCCCUUUCCAUCUCUGUGAGGACCAGACCCCUCACCCACUCUGCUGCUGGGGGAAGCUCAACGUCACAAGGGGAUCCUGAGGAAAAGCCUGCUGAGAAGAGAUCCAGCACUGACCUCGAAGCUGUCCCUUUCCCUGCAGACAGGUCCUCCAGUGAGCCUCUGGGGACUUUGAAGGAUGGUCUUAUAGGUCAGCCAGCAUGGGCAUCUCGAACCAAGACGCUUAUAGCAACUCAAGGACCACACACUCUGAAUUUAAGUGGAAGGUCUGCGGAGACAGAGCUGGUGCUAGAAGCACAGCAUGGGCAUUUAGAAAAUCCCACUAGAUGCCUUUCAGAAAAGACACAACCUUCUCCCGAGACCAGGAACCACAGCCACUUGAAUCCCCUCACCAAGUCUGUAGCAAAGUUCACACACCUCCACCACCCUCAGGCUGACAGUUCCUGGGAGGAGGAAGAGCAGCAAAGAGACCGGGCUUCAGGAGGUGGCAAAGAUCAUGCUCUGGGCAGGGGUCCUCUGUCCUUUGACAAAGGUGCUAUGGUUGGCUGCCAAAUUAGAGGAGAUGGGACAGAGGAGAGGGCUAUGAGCAAGUCUCCUGCAUCCCAGGCUUUUUGUUCAGACUUUGAAAACUCAGCUUCUCUGCUCUUAAGGCAAACAGAAACCCCACAGCCUGCUGCCCAGAGGCCUGGCCAGCUCUAUGAUGGGGAGCAGCAGGCUCCCCCGCAUGCGUCUCCCCCUCCUCUUACCACAGUCUCCUCUGGACCCAAACAGUCCACAUUCUCCCCUAAGCCUCAGUUCUCUGCAGUCAGCUCAUCUCAGUCUCUUCAUUUGCUGAACUUGAAUGUGGAGCCUCCUUCCCCAACACACAAGGAUGCACAAGGGCCUAACAGAAAGUCAAGCCCAUAUCUUGGGGAUUAUUCCUCAGGAAAGUCAGGGCCAAGAACAUCUCCAAAGAUUAAGGAUUGCAGGCAAAAAGCCUCAUCUAACUUGGACAGUGGUCUUGCUGAACCUGUCACCCCUCCUUAUCCCACCUCUUCCACUAUGUCAUGCAUGCCAACCCCUAAUUUGAUGGCUAACUGGACGUCUGGUACUUUGGAGCAGGCCCAUCAGGGAAAGCCAGAGAAACCGUGUGUCCAGGGUAGGCCAGAGAAGUGGCAGUCUCAGGUGGACAAAGGAAUGCUGCACUUGGGUUCUAGAGAUGUCAAUACCUCUGUCCCUCCCUGGUGUCCGCCUGGGCCUGUGCACGUUGGCUGGAAGCAGUAUGUGUUUGGCGGUGCAGUUGAUGUCUCCUCUAGCCAGAAAGCCCACGGUCCGUUACCAUUAAAUGGAGCCCAGCACUCUAGCAUAAACAGCGGCCUACACGGUAAGAACAGCUCCUUGUUACACUCCCACCCCAGCGCCUAUGCCAAAACCCAUGACCAGUCAAGCACUCGCAGCAGUAUUGCGAAUGCCCGAAGUUCAAAUGAGGCCUGGGAAGUGUGGAAUUCUUCAUCUGCCUUGGGGGAUCCCCAUGUCCUGACUGGCCCUGAAGGAGUUACCCCCACCUUAGGUCCUGCCAACAGAUCCCCAUUCCAGUGUCCUGCUGAUGAAACAGGCUGUCUGCGGAGUGAGCUGCCUCUGGCUGUGGGAAGCUCAGCGGCUCUGGUGGAUGAGGUUGUGCUACUGUACCCGACAGAGGCAGGCUGCCCUGAGAAACAGGCCAGGAUGAACACCUUCGAGCAGGGAACCCAGACCCUGGGCUGCAGUCUCCACUGGAGUUGCACUGACAUUUCUGCUCAGCCUGAUGCCAUCACAAUGUCGGCCUGUGAACUGGCCUCCUGGAGCAGCAUGCACAACCUGUCUCUGCACCUCUCACAGAUCCUGCACAGCACCUCAGAGCUGCUUGGGAGUCUCUCCCAGCCAAGUGUGGCCAAAAAGGAGCAGAAUACCAGGAGUGACUCCCCAGAUGAGGCUCCACAGGCACUUAUGAUGGAUGGUGCUACUCAGACCACCGUGGAUCAGGCCGUCCAAACCGACCUGCCCUCUCCUCCUUGGCCUCUCCCAGCCCCAGAGACAGAGCCCCGGGAAGUCAGUGUGAUCCUUGAAGUGCCCAACUCAAGUGUCACUCCCCUGUCUCAAGAAAAGGGAGACGUCUCGGGGGCACUUCAGAAGAGAGAGGCAAAAGAAACAGCAUGGGAAACCGCACCCCAAGGCCUUCGUGAGGAAAGCACCCACUGUGGGCCGCAUAACCCUCCAGUACCCUUGUUGCACUUGAAGGCUGAGAAAGCCCCUCUUGGGCAGAGCCUCCCUUCUGUGAGCCCCUCGACUUCUGAUGCCUGUCUGCCUCGGGGCUUGCCACUGAAGGCCUCUAGCUCGGUGGUGAGCAGCCCCAGCUUGUUUCGCUCUGCGGGACUCUUCCGUACUUCCGAGCUCAGCCAGGAACCUCCUGCCCAGAAGAAUCUGGGCCCCACGAGUGCCUUGUUGGUGGACAGGGCUUCCUCUCCAAUCCUCACACUUGGCGCCAGCACCCAAGAGUUGGGCUCUGCCCUAGCCUGUUUGUCUCUCUCAGCGCCCUCGGCUCACCCUCUUGAAGGCCACCAGAAGCUUGCCACCAAUCCAGGUCUUGCUGCCGACGCCCCUGACUCCCCAAGGGAUAAUUAUCCUCGAACCACUGAUGAGUUGGAUGGCUCCCCGAGAGCCGAGUCCCGGGGUGGAGAAAGCAAGAGUCCCUUACAGAGGACCGCUGAGAAGUUGCGUCUUGAGUCAGGCUCGCCGUGCAGCUCACAGCAGAGCUCUGGUCUGCAAGUGAGCCGCUUAGGGCGGCUUCAGCCCACAGCGCAGCCCACUACCCAGGUCCAAAGCAGACUGUCACCCUCCCCUCCGAGGGACAGCAGCCAGAGGCUGGGUGAUAGCAUUGUGCCUGUGAAGGCGACUUCCCUAGAAACUGGCCCACUGAGCAGUGGGGGGCCAAGUCAGUGGCAGGCUAGGCCGGCAAGUGGGGUUGAGUGUUCAGCAUUUCUGGUGGAGCUGCAACCUUCUGUGGAAUGCUCUUGUUCAUGGAGAGGCCUCCAGCCCCUGAGCCCCUGGCCUGCCUCGGAGGAGACUGAUACUGCUUCUGCCUUGGGCCUACCCCGAGCUUGCCAACCCGCGGGGCUUCUGUGUCCCAGUCCCCAUAUGUGCGUGGCCCCUGGUCCUCAGCAUCACGGCCUGAGGGACCUCCCAGUGCAUAACAAAUUUAACAACUGGUGUGGACUUCAGGAUGGCCUUUCUGGGGGACUGUGUGUGAGUGAGGAGCUAGGACCCAGCUCUGAUCCCAAGUCUGGUGACCAAGGCCACAAACCACCACCACCUUCUGAUGAUCACAGCCAGGAUCCUGAGUGGUCCCAGAAGGAGCAUGUCCCCUUGCAAGUUGGGGUCCAGAACCCCUCACUCAGCAUGGAACUCACAGAAGCCAAACUUCAUCGUGGCUUUGGGGAGACAGAUGCCCUGUUGCGGGUGCUGCAGAGUGAGACGGGGGAGGCCGUGGCUCCUGAAGAACCUGCCGUGUCCACCUGGGAGGAGCUGUAUGCUAGGCAGAAAAAAGCUAUAGAGAUCCUCAGGAGAGAACGGGCUGAGCGACUUCAGAACUUUCGCCGGACACGAAGCCUCAGUCCUCAGAAACAACUGAGCCUCCCUCCCGACGGGGAUCCCCCCACCUGGGAGCUUGACCUGCCCAGCAGGCGCCGAAAAUACCUGCAGCAGCUGAGGAAGGAUGUCGUGGAGAGCAGUAGGAGCCCAGAGCCAGCGUCCAGGUCUGCUCGUCAGCCCUCUAGCAUUGAGCUGAUACUGAAAGAUUAUCAGCAGGCCCGUGAAAAGGCCAAGGUAGAGAUCGCACAGGCACGAGACCGGCUGCGGGAGCGGACUAAGCAAGAGAAGCUGAGAAUCCAUCAGCAGAUCCUCUGCCAGCUGCUGAGGGAACAGGAAAAACUGCAAACCCUGGCCCACUCCAGCUCCCUGUGUGCCAGCUCCAAUGGAAGCCUCUCUUCCGGUGUCACCUCUGGUUACAACAGUAACCCAGCCUUGUCAGGCCACCUCCCGUGCCCAGAGGAUCUGGGGGACUCACAAGUGCCAGGUACCACAGACACUUGGACAGGGGACUGGCCGGGCCGCUCUGCAGUGAGGAGCAGUCAGCUCUACCUGGAAGGGUCUGCCUGGAAGAACUUAGCCUGCGGCCAGAGAUCCUCCCUAGGCUAUGACUGCUGUUUUCCAUCCAGCCUGUCCAGCUUGGGGACAUCCUCCUACAAGGAUUUGGCCAAGCACAUUGUGGACACAUCCAUGGCCGACGUGAUGGCUGCUUGUUCCGAUAAUCUACACAACCUCUUCAGCCGCCGGGCAGCAGCCGGCUGGACCUAUCGGGGCGAGGAGCAGGAGGUGCAGCUUUACUACAAGGAAUUCUCUUCCACUCGCCACGGCUUCCUGGGCGCUGGCGUGGUAUCCCAGCCGCUGGCGCACGUGUGGGCAGCCGUGAGCGACCCCACGCUCUGGCCGCUCUACCACAAGCCCAUCCAGACGGCGAGGCUGCAUCAGCGAGUGAGCAACAGCAUCAGCCUGGUGUACUUGGUGUGCGACACCACGCUGUGUGCGCUGAAGCAGCUGCGGGAUUUCUGCUGUGUCUGCGUGGAAGCCAAAGAGGGGCACCUAUCUAUCAUGGCAGCCCAGUCUGUCUAUGACACCUCCAUGCCAAGACCUAGCCGAAAAAUGGUCCGAGGGGAGAUCCUGCCCAGUGCCUGGGUCCUGCAGCCUGUCACCGUGGAAGGGAGAGAAGUCACCAGAGUCAUCUUCCUGGCCCAGGUAGAACUGGGUGCACCAGGCUUCCCCCCUCACCUCCUGAGCUCCUUUCUCAAACAGCAGCCACUGGUUGUGGCCAAGUUGGCUUCCUUCCUCGGGAGUUAGUGUUGGGCCAUGGAGAAGCUGCUGCUGAACUACAGGCCCGCAACCUCCCAGAGAAACUGUGGCUGCUGUUUGAGGCCAGAAAAGCUUAGGCAGCCUGAGGUGGCCUGCAGACGCUGGCCUAGGGUUGUCAUCAAAGCCCGGCCAGUACUUGUCACCUCUGGCACCUUCUGAAGAGUGAGCAACCUGAGUCACUGACCCUGGCUAUCCGGAGAAUGAAGCUGGACUCACCUUUGUUUCCUAUCUCUGGGACUUGGUGGCACAUGAGCUGCUCGAGGACCAGGAUGCGCAGCUGUUUGGCAAGGUGCCUGGCUGGCAUGGACACACUGGCCAAGGCUGCUCUGGAUCUACCUCCAGCCCUCAUCUCUGUGCGGUGGAAUGGCAGGAAGAACCCAACCAGAAAAAGUGCAUAAACCAGAACAGAUUCAGAAUCCAUUCUCCUUGACUAUUUGCAUAAUGCUUCACUGUUCCUAUUUGCUCCCCUUGUCCCUGGGUCCCUGCCAGCCAGGAGUACCGAGUGCUGCCAUGAGGACCAGGUGACAUAGUGCUCAGUCAAAUGGGACAGGUGUGGGUCAGAGCCGUGGGGGUAGAUAGAUGCUGGCUGCAGGCAGACAAGGCAAAAAGGGUUUCAGUGUUUAAGAGCAAGCUCUGAAGGGGGAGAGGAUUAAAACCCAGUUUAGCCUUGAACUGUGGCAACACCAGUGCCUCAGUAUCCCAAAUGCAGGAGCCAUGCCUGGUUUCCACCCUGCUUAUAAACCUACUAGGGACAACUGUCUAGAGCAGUGAGGUGCUGUUCUAGUCUAGGAUGGGACGGAGAGCAAACGUUUUAUGGUGCCUUAGCCUGUCUGAGUUCUGAAGUGUGUCCAUGUUCAGUAGAAUAGCAGGGGUGAGAAGUUCUAUCUAGUUCUGUUGCUUUGUAACACUGGGACAGGAAACUCUUAUGUGGAUCAAGACUGGUCAGAAGGGAAAAAUUCUGGACCCGGGCAACACGUAUUUUUCUGUUUUAAGGAUAUUUUCUCUUACCUCAGAUUAAAUUAUUUAUAUAUGUA